CACAUAUCAGCUGACAACAGUUUCACUUCCAUCAAAAUCAGUCAGAAAUCAUAGAUCAAAAUUCAACAAACGCUUUUUCCGUUUGCAAUAUUUGUGUGCCCUUGUGCCAUCCAGUUAGCUUAAUGGGUUCAGUGGUCAGUCAAUUGCAGACCCCUGCUCUGUACGUGAACAUGAACAGUCCGCAAGCGCAGUUUGUGCGCGACACGAUCAGCACUAACAAGGUGGUGAUAUUCAGCAAGAGCUUUUGCCCCUACUGCAGCAUGGCCAAGGAGCAGUUCCGCAAGCUGAAUGUGAGCGCGACGGUGAUCGAGCUGGACCAGCGCGACGAUGGCAACGAGAUCCAGGCAGUGCUGGGCGAGAUGACCGGGGCACGCACUGUGCCGCGCUGCUUCAUCGAUGGCAAGUUCGUGGGAGGCGGCACCGAUGUGAAGCGCCUCUACGAUCAGGGCAUACUACAGAAGUACUUCCAGUGAUCCACACUUGAGAGCUUUUAUCCCCCACCACUUGAAUUACGUUUGAAUAAACAAAUACUUUCAGUUUUUCGCUUGCUCAAA